AUAACAAAUGCAAAACAAACCCUUGAGCGCCUGCGUCUGUUUUGCGCCGCGACUGCGUGAGUUGCGGAGAUCAAUAAAAGGGCUCGUUAGGCUAUUUGCCAUCACACCCAACGCAGAAUAUAUUUAACUUCAUAUUUCGUCCAGUAUGAAUGUUUUCUUACAGUUUGUGUUUGUGCUCUCCUUGACGAAGAUAAAGGCUUCUGUGUAUCCAAAAGCAAAGGACGGCAGCCCAGUGCCUUGUCUCGCACCUACUCAAUGGGAGGGGAGGUCUGUUGAAUACGACCACUCCACCGGCCGGAAUACACGGUCGGCCGUGUCGUAUGAUGCCAAGAACCAGAGAAUUCGAAUUCUCCAACAGAAUAAAAGACACACACCAUGUGAGAAGUUCUUUGAAUACAUCUACCUUUAUAAUAGUGGCAUAAUGUUCCAGAUUGAGCAGAAGACCAAGCAGUGUUCAAAGAUAGCUCUGGCCCAGGCUUGGGACCCCUUUGAUAUCCCCAAUAACUCCACCUAUGAAGACCAGUACUUCAUUGGGGGCCCAGGUGAUAUGGUUGAGGUGCAGGAGUGGUCAGACAGGAAACCAGCCCGCAAACAUGAGGCCUGGGUUGGUGUCUACACAGUGAAGGACUGCUACCCUGUCCAGGAGACCUACACAAGGAACAGUAGCGUGACCACUUCCACCCGCUUCUUUGACCUUGAGUUGGGUAUCAGUGACCCUGCUGUGUUUACUCCACCCAGCACCUGCCAGUCUGCCCGCCUGGAGAGGAUGAACUCUGACUGCUGAGAUGUUCCCUUUUAACCCAUUAAUUAAUUAGAUACAGUCAAAAUGUAGUGUAAAAUUACAAUUUAAAGUACAUGUUUACAGUACCUAAAAACUUUAAACUCAUCACUUUGAUUCUGAUUCUGAUUUACCCGCUGGACAUUUAGGUCAAUUUCUUAGAUUCUGGGCUAGACAAUUCUGUAUUUGUGAAUGCUGUGGUGUCUUUAUUUAAAAAAAAUUGCAAUGUAUCUGAACUGAAACCAUUAAGGUAAAUGAUGCUUAAUAAUGCUAAUAAUUGAUACUAAAUAAUUAUAUUUAGUAUGGCUUUCAGUACUGGUUUUGGAAGACCAUUGAACUUUGUUGUAGAGUUUAAUGACACAAUCUCAAAUAACGUAUGCCCCCAGUUUUCAGGAAUUAACUCUUGUAAACCUCAAUAAAGUGGUAAUAAAACAUCCAAAACCUAGAACAAAUUUAUUAGCAUUUAUGAUAGGAUAAAGUCAUAAUUUCAAUUAAGACAACUAAUUGUGAAACAAUAGAAUUCAGCAAUAUCUACAUUUUCCGUUAUCUAUUUGCCAAUAUAAUUUAGUUGUUCCUGCAGACCACGAUCCUAAAUAGAUUUUGCACAAAAUGUUGUUUGACUGGCAGCUGUAACGGCACCUGUUUGUUAUGAAUAUUCAGCCAAGGAUUGUAAUCUGUUUUGAAUUAAUGCCAGCAUUGUGCUUACUUAAACAUGAUGGGGUGUCUGGAUAACCGUCUGUCUACUCUUAUUAAAAGGAUU